AUGGACACGACAUUGCCUCUUCCCUUUCUUCCCAGUGUCGACCUGGCAAAAGGGGCCACUGAAUCCAAAGAAGGAUUAACCCGAAACCAACUCUCCUAUCUUGGAUGCGUCUACCUUUCAGCAACCAACGAGACUGUUGAUACAUUGCUGCAAUUCUUACAGAGACACAUUGAAAUCGAGGCGUAUGUCAAUGUGACAUCAGUUGAUUCCACAGAUGAUCUUGUUUCAAUUCUAGACGCUGGAGCUCGAAAGGUCUUUGCCAAUGGCUCACAAUGCGAAUCCCUAAAGACUUAUGGAGAUCGAGUCAUUCCGGUCAUAUCAACAAAAGAUAAUACUCCUUCCACCUUCAAAUACUCCAAUGGCGCUCUCUUCGAAACGGGGGAUGAUUUGUCUUCUUAUAAAACACUCCUAUCCAACUUCACGGCCAGCCAAACAUCACCAAUCUUCGUCGUAUCCUCCCCAAAAAUCAACCUUCAACCCUUUGUCGAAUUUGUAACAGAAGCAUCCGCAGUUCCAAUUAUACCCGCAACUCAACUCACGAUAGGAGAUGGAUCAGAAACACUAACUUCAGUAGCAAGUCUAAUUGGGUCAUCAUGGACUUCAGACAGGCCAGAUAAACUGAUACCAACGGUGGUCACAGAUGAGAGAGGGGUAGCUCUCGGGUUGGUAUACAGCAGCCAGGAGAGUUUGGCAGAAUCUUUGAAGACUGGUACUGGAGUCUACCAAAGCCGAAAGCGGGGAUUAUGGUACAAGGGAGCUACAUCUGGGGAUACACAAGAACUUGUCAGAAUAUCCUUGGACUGCGAUCAAGAUUGUCUAAAGUUUGUCGUUCGCCAAAAGGGCCGAGGCUUCUGUCACCUAUCUCAAUCUACUUGCUUCGGGGAACUACGCGGAAUAUCGAAGUUGGAGAAGACAUUGGUGUCGAGAAAGGUUUCGGCACCUGAAGGGUCAUAUACAGCACGUUUGUUCUCUGAUGAGAAGCUUCUACGAGCUAAAAUCAUGGAGGAGGCCGAGGAGUUAUGUGACGCAAAGACAAAGGACGAAGUGGCUUUCGAGGCAGCAGACUUGAUAUACUUUGCUUUGACAAAGGCUGUCAGUGCCGGAGUCAGUGUUGCGGAUAUUGAGAGAAACCUUGAUGCCAAGAGUGUCAAAGUCAAGAGGAGACAGGGAGAUGCCAAGGGGCAAUGGGCUGCAAAAGAAGGUAUUACCAAUGGAUCCUCAGAAAAGGAAGUUGUAAAAGAAGCAGCAUCAGUUCCCAAGGCUGCAGAUGACAAGGCAGGGACUGAAGAUGGCCGCAUUACUAUGAGGCGCUACAAUGCUGCAUCAACUUCUUCCGAAGAUCUUAAAGCAGUGCUACAGAGACCUUCUCAAAAGUCGACCGAGAUGAUCAUGGGUAUUGUAAAUCCUAUCAUCAAGGGGGUUCGCACUGGCGGUGACAAGGCACUUCUGGGGUAUACUCACAAAUUCGAGAAAGCGACCUCUUUGACAUCACCUGUUCUAAAGGCACCAUAUCCGCAAUCUCUAAUGGAUCUACCUCCAGAGACCAUUGAAGCAAUCGAUAUUUCAUUCGAAAAUAUCCGCAAGUUCCACGCUGCCCAAAAAGAGGAGCCUCUGCAAGUCGAGACUAUGCCAGGUGUUGUCUGCACUCGUUUCGCCAGACCAAUCGAGCGUGUUGGGCUUUACGUUCCCGGUGGAACUGCCGUCCUUCCCAGCACAGCGCUUAUGCUUGGUGUACCUGCAAUGGUGGCCGGCUGCAAAACCAUCGUCCUCGCUUCCCCACCUCGCGCGGACGGUAGCAUUACCCCUGAGAUCGUAUAUGUUGCUCACAAAGUCGGUGCAGAGUCGAUCGUACUUGCAGGUGGUGCUCAAGCUGUUGCUGCCAUGGCGUAUGGUACCGAGAGCGUGAGUAAAGUAGACAAGAUUCUUGGCCCUGGAAAUCAAUUCGUGACUGCUGCGAAGAUGUAUGUCAGUAAUGAUACGAAUGCUGGAGUAAGCAUCGAUAUGCCUGCUGGACCUUCAGAGGUGUUGGUCAUCGCGGACAAAGACGCCAACCCAGCGUUUGUCGCUUCGGAUCUGCUGUCACAGGCUGAGCAUGGUGUUGACAGUCAAGUCAUUCUGAUUGCAAUUGAUCUUUCUGAGAAGGAAUUGUCGGCUAUUGAGGAUGAACUGCACAAGCAAGCAAUGGCCUUACCAAGAGUUGAUAUCGUUCGAGGUGCGAUUGCGCAUUCGGUGACGCUUGUGGUCAAAGAUGUCAAGGAAGCCAUGGAACUGAGCAAUGAUUAUGCCCCUGAGCAUCUGAUCCUCCAGCUGAAAGAUGCGGCAAGUGUUGUGCCACUCGUCGAGAAUGCAGGAAGUGUAUUCAUCGGCGAGUGGACACCAGAGAGCGUUGGUGAUUAUUCGGCAGGAGUAAACCACUCUUUGCCAACAUAUGGCUACGCAAAGCAAUACUCGGGCGUCAAUCUCGGCUCCUACGUUAAGCAUAUCACCUCGUCGCAGUUGACGGCUCAAGGGUUAAGGAAUGUCGGUGGUGCAGUGAUGCAGCUGGCGAAGGUCGAGGAGUUGGAGGCUCAUAGACGGGCUGUCUCUCUGAGGAUUAAGUACAUGGAUGAUAACAAGUUAUGA